CCGUAAGGAGAGGCAUCUACGAUAGGUUUGGUGAGGAAGGUCUCAAAGGUGGCAUCCCUGUGGAGUCUGGUGGUGAGGAUGCUUGGACUGCUGGUUAUGUGUUCCACAACAACCCCGACAAAGUCUUCAAGGAGUUCUUUGGAGGACACAAUCCCUUUGCAGAGUUCUUCACCAAGGAUGGCUUGGAGGUGACCCUGCCCUUUGGAGGGCUGCGAGGAAGAGGUGUGAUGAAGCAGGACCCCCCAAUGGUGUGGGACCUCCAUGUCUCCCUUGAAGAUCUCUUCUUUGGCUGCACCAAGAAGAUAAAGAUCUCCCGUCGGGUGAUGAACGAAGACGGCCAAACGAGCACCAUCAGGGACAAGAUCCUGAUCAUCGACGUGCAGCCGGGGUGGAAGCAAGGCACCAGGGUCACGUUUGAGAAGGAAGGAGACCAGGGCCCAAACAUCAUUCCAGGCGACAUCACCUUUGUUAUCCAAGAGAAACCUCACCCGAGGUUUAAAAGAACCAACAACGACCUCAUUUACGUGGCCAAUAUCCCUCUGGGAAAGGCACUGAUUGGCUGCACGGUGGAUGUGAGGACGCUGGACGGGCGGCUGCUGAGCAUCCCCAUCAAUGACAUCGUGCACCCCACGUACUGCAAAGUGGUGCCUGGGGAGGGGAUGCCUCUGCUCAAGGACCCGCGGCGUAGAGGUGACCUCCUCAUCCACUUCAAUGUCUGCUUCCCCACACGCCUCACGCCCAACAAGAAGAUGCUCCUGAGGAGUGCGCUGCUGUCCUAGGAGCUGUCAGCCUCCUGCUUUCCUCCCAGCGAGGCUGCCAGCACUGUGAGUGAGCAUUCCCCAGUUUUGGGCUGCUCCCCUCUGCAAGACCAGAAUCACUGAGGAAAAGACCACGAGGUUUGUAACCCAACUGCACCUCCGGACCAGGAGAAAAACCUCACCCUCUCCUGUAAUAAAAAUAAGGUGACGGAAUCCCAA